CGAUCGACAACUGCCAACAGACAAGAGCUGCUGCCACCAACUGACAAUUGAAGUCCAACAACAACGAAUUCCCCAGCCAUGAAGACCACAACCAGGACACACAACUUCUUCUGCAUCAUCUCUGUGCUUGCUCUCGCUGGCAGUGCGCUGGGCGCCGCCAUUGCAUCAUCAUCCAUGGAGGAGCGACGACCGCUGCGGAUAGCCCAGUGCCGGGAGCUUUGCUAUCGCCAGGCCUUGGCGUAUCCCACACCACCAGCCCUGUGCCGUGGCAGGCCCGACUGCUUCAUGUGCCACGACUACUGCCGCGUCCUGGCCGUCGCCCAGCUGAGUCUGGCCACCUCAAUGUGCGCCGAUCGUGGGUUCUGCAGCCAGGGAUGCCGCGUGGCCUGCGCCUACCAUCGCCUGCGCAGCUACCACGAGGUGGCAACUGGCAACUCGGUGUACAAGACAUGA